AUGAAUGUGAAGGAAACAAGAAUAAGUCUUCUACAUGGUGUAUCUUUUAAUGCCAAAGGAAAAUUAGUAUGGCUUGGAACGUUUCAGCAUUUGCAACAGUUUGUUGAAGAUGUACUGAAUUUGUCAAACGGUGUUUGGGAUGGCCCUGGCGGCCAUGAUAAACGAUUCAAAAGUGAAAAGAUUGAUCUAAGAUGGUAUCCAGACACGAAAUCGAUCACACUAAGUGGAACGCUUAAAGAAGAGAUUAAAGCUAAAUUAGAAUCAUUGGCAUCGGUCUCAAAAAGUUUGGCAAAUGCUGAAGAUCAUAAUAAGAUUGCUGACGACCAUAACGAAAAAGAAGUGCAUACUAAUGAUGAAUAUAAGCCUACUGACAAAGACCACGACCUGUCCCUGGAGGCUUUUAAAAAUCAACUUCAAGUUCUUAGCAAACAGGUCAAUGAAAAUGAAUCUGCCCUCAAAAUUAUCCUAAACGAGCGUGCUGAGAAACAAAAUUGGGCUGAUGAUCAGAAAUUGGUUAGUGAAUUAGCAGGCCUAAGAGAGGAAAAUAACACACUAAAAAAUGAGAACUUACGCCUAAAGAAUGAAAACAAUGAUCUAAAUGAAAGAAUAAAUAGGGAAAAGGGAAAGACCAAAACAGCCGAGGAAGAGAGAGACAGCAUGAUCACUGCUAUGCGCCUAUUAGUAGUUGCAGAGUCAAAUACAGUGAUCGAUAAGAGCCAAUUACCGAAGCAUAACCCCGAAACCGAACAAAGCGGGCCCAAUGGAGCGGAUGAAUGCACAACACGGGCACAGAUGAAAGAUGCCCUAAAACCAAGCAUUCAAAUAAGCAACAAUAGACCUACUACAUCAAACACUGACAUAGGAAAUAACGAAGCCGAAGAACCUGAGAUAGACAGUCAGUGA